CCAAAGGACAUGCACGCUCACACACAUACAGAGUCGUCCUCCAGAGGUGCAGCAGCAGCCCGCACACCACCACACUGUUUCUAUGUAUGUGCCGGCACAGUGCAGACAGAGGUUGUAAACAUGGCGGCAGACGGGAUGGUGCUCACCAACCACGACCAUCAGACUCGAGUGGGGAUUCUAACGGUCAGUGACAGCUGUUUCAGGAACCUGGCUGAGGACAGGAGUGGAGUCAACCUGAAGGACCUGGUCCAUGAUCCCUCACUGCUAGGAGGAGUCAUAGCAGCCUACAAGAUUGUUCCAGAUGAGAUUGAUGAAAUCAAGGAAACUCUUUUGGAGUGGUGCGAUGAACAACAACUGAAUCUGAUUCUAACUACUGGAGGAACUGGCUUUGCACCACGAGAUGUUACACCUGAGGCCACCAGAGAGGUGAUAGAGCGAGAGGCUCCGGGUAUGGCUCUCGCCAUGCUGAUGGGAUCACUCAACGUUACACCACUAGGCAUGCUGUCCAGGCCAGUGUGUGGUAUCCGUGGUAAAUCUCUGAUCAUCAACCUGCCAGGGAGCAAAAAGGGCUCUCAGGAGUGUUUUCAGUUUAUCCUCCCUGCUCUGCCACAUGCCAUUGACCUGCUGCGUGAAGCCACAGUCAGGGUUAAAUCCACACAUGCCGCCCUGGAGCAGCUGUCCUCCCCUUCCCCUCUGCUGGCCAACACGCACAUUGACACAAAUACCAACAUGCACACCAUGGAGCGUGGCACCCAGUGUGAGGAUGAGGAGGAUGAAGAAGAGGAGGACAUGAGGAGAGGUCAACAUGUGCACAACCACCUCCAUCACCAGCAUGGUUCCUCUCACAUCACCGCAGCUGCUAUCGCUGCCAAGACGAGCCAUGCUGUGGUCAUGGCUAAGGGGGGUCCAUACCUGCCAGGCAACACACCUGCCCCGCCCACUCAUUUCACCUGCUCCUGUUCACAUGACCAGCAGAUCCCGGACUCUAUCAUUUCUCGAGGUGUACAGGUACUUCCGCGAGAUUCAGCCUCUUUAAGCUCUACACCUUCCGAGUCACCGCGGGCCACACAGGCGACCUCCCGCCUUUCCACCGCCUCAUGCCCGACACCCAAGGUUCAGUCACGAUGUGGCAGUAAUGAGAACAUUCUGAGAGCCAGCCACAGUGCGGUGGACAUCAGUAAAGUGGCACGUCGUCAUCGCAUGUCUCCGUUCCCAUUGACGUCAAUGGACAAAGCCUUCAUCACUGUUUUAGAGAUGACACCUAUUCUGGGAAUUGAAGUCAUUAACUACAGAGACGGUUUGGGUCGAGUGCUCGCUCAGGACAUCUAUGCCAAAGACAACCUUCCUCCAUUCCCUGCUUCCGUUAAAGAUGGCUAUGCUGUACGAGCUGCUGACGGCCCGGGAGAUCGCUUCAUCAUGGGAGAAUCACAGGCUGGACAACAGCCCACCCAUACAGUUAUGCCAGGUCAAGUGAUGAGGGUGACGACCGGGGCUCCCAUUCCUUGUGGAGCUGACGCUGUGGUCCAGGUAGAAGAUACAGAGCUUCUGAGGGAGUCUGAGGAUGGCACAGAGGAGCUGGAGGUGAGGAUUAUGGUCCAGGCCCGGCCCGGACAGGACAUCAGGCCAAUAGGUCAUGACAUCAGACGAGGGGAGUGUGUGUUGGCUAAAGGAACACAUAUGGGCCCGUCAGAGAUCGGCCUGCUGGCUACAGUGGGAGUGACUGAGGUCAGCGUGCACAAGUUCCCUGUGGUGGCUGUCAUGUCCACUGGCAACGAGCUGUUGAAUCCAGAGGAUGACCUCCACCCAGGGAAAAUCAGAGACUCCAACCGCUCAACUCUGCUGUCCACCAUCCAGGAACAUGGAUAUCCCACCAUCAACCUGGGCAUCGUUGGAGACAACCCUGAUGACUUGCUGUCAGCUCUUCAUGAGGGAAUCAGUCGUGCCGAUGUCAUCAUCACCUCAGGCGGUGUGUCCAUGGGAGAGAAGGACUACCUAAAGCAGGUGCUGGAUAUUGACCUUCAUGCUCAGAUCCACUUUGGACGAGUCUUUAUGAAGCCAGGUCUUCCUACUACCUUUGCCACAGCGGACAUUGAUGGAGCACGUAAACUCAUCUUUGCUCUGCCAGGUAACCCAGUGUCUGCAGUGGUGACAUGUAACCUGUUUGUGAUUCCUGCUCUGAGGAAGAUGCAAGGCAUUCUGGACCCUAGGCCUACAAUUAUUAAAGCUAGGCUUUCCUGUGAUGUGAAGCUGGAUCCCAGACCAGAGUACCACCGCUGUAUUCUUACCUGGCAUCACCAGGAGCCACUUCCUUGGGCACAAAGCACAGGAAACCAGGUAUCCAGCAGGCUAAUGUCAAUGCGUAGCGCCAACGGUCUGUUGAUGUUACCUCCUAAAACGGAGCAGUACGUGGAGCUGCGUAAAGGAGAAGUGGUGGACGUCAUGGUCAUUGGACGCCUAUGAUGCAGACUUCAAUGUCACUCGCUACCGAUUACCAUGGCAGUGCCAGGACUUCCUGUCUGGACAGGAAACGGGCGGGGGCAGGAAGUGAUGCAUGUCUACCUGGUCGCCAUUAGCUGUGAUGUCAUAUGCAACAGCCAAUCGGAGCCAGCGGAGGCUGAAACCUCAUUGGUCUGCUCUGAGGAGAUCACUGUUCAAUGGAGAAAAAAUUGAAAAAAAAAGAUAUAUAUAUAAAAUAUGAGAUUUAUUCUGUAAUAUUAUUAUUAUUAUCCUGAUGAUAAUGAUUAUUGAUAUUCAUAAUUAAUAUUCUAUUUAUUAUUAUUAUCAUGGUUCUGAUUGAAUAUUAUCAUCUUAGUAGUAAUCAUGCCCUCUUCUCUCCUGUUCAUUUGCUUUGUGCGUUCGAUAUUUUUCCCUGGUAGAUAUAGAGACGUAGAAACUUUCUCCUCCUUCCUCCUGACUUUAUUUUCCUUUUCUCUCCCCCUUCUUUCUCUCUUCUUCUUUUCUGCUCUGGCAUCCCCUAACCAGAUAGAAACUCCUUGAUAACCCCUUCCUGCAUCUCCUCCUGGAACACACUGACCCUAACAUCAGUAUUGACAGAAUAAUGAGCUAAAUGCUUAUAAAGACGUAUUUGAUUAAAGCUGCUGAUAUAGUUUGUGCCAGUACCGUAAAUAUGAACCUCUUUUUGCCCAAAAAAAGGGGGGGAAACAUAGGAUAAUUUGUUUACAUUUUUUCAAACCAUACUGAGACAUUAAAAUCAUCAUGACUCUGUAAAAUCCUCUCUUACCACACUGACAUGACUUUAGUGACAUUACAUAUAAACAUAAUUGUUUUGCUAAAAUAUAUAAACUUUAAUGAUCUGUAAGAGGAACUUCUCUUAUAUCACAGGUCAGGCUACAUACAGAAUUAGUAUAAGUGGUUUACACAAGUUCAUAGUUUACACUAUAAAACUACAGUAUCGAAUUGAUAUACUUAGUCUUUGAUAAAUUUGGUAUUUGCAUUUUUACAACUAUUAGACAAUAUUGUUGUGAUAUUUUAUGUUUUUCUUAUUUUUUUUAAAUCACAUAAAAUUACCAAUACCAACAAUGUGUUAUUCCAUCUCUCUUAACUAAAAUCUGCCUGCCAACACAAAUUGUCAUUUUUUUACUUAAGGUUUUGAACAAAUGACACACUUAAUAUAUAUAUAUAUUAGAUAUAACAUGUUAAUUAAUGAGCUUUAGUAAUGUGUUGUGUUACUUUCAGACCAAGACUGUUUGCUCUUGAUUAGAGUCAUUAUGCUAAUCGAAGGUAACCAGGCUUUUGCUUCAUAUUUAAUGUACAGAGAUGAGUGGUUGAAAUUUUCAUAUUUAUAAAUCAAUCUGUUUAUCUUACUUUGGUCAGCAUAUUUACCAAAAUGUAAAACUAUUCCUCAAAAUGGCUCCAAUUUUUUACAAAGUCUCAGUAAUUUUCUAAAAUAGCUGGACACUGUAGUGUUUUUAGCAAACAUUGCAUUGUUUGGGACUAUUUUUUUGACCCAGAUUAUUAUACAUAUGGUGCUCCUGUGAGAAUUUGGAGCAGCAGGAUGGUCUUUGUGGUUUUGAGUCAAAAUAAACUUGCGUGCGUGUUCAUGGUAAAGAAAGAACGUGUCCCUAAGUGCAACAGUGUCGCUCACUGAUGUAUUUUUAAUAGUUUUUGGACAAAAAUGGAGCUCUAUGGCACAAAGAAAAAAUAUAUUUUGGGCUUUGUUACACACAUGAUACUUGUUUGUAGGAUCACUUCAUUGUUGGUUUUGGGGUUUUCAUGUGAUUUGUUGACAGUAAGAAAAAUAUAGUAUAUGAUCAGAUUAUCCUUUAAGUAGCCAAAUAUGAAUUACUAUACCUGGGUGAAAGCUAGUCUCAAAGGCCGGAUUCUGUUUGGCCAAUCAGUCACCGCCAUCUUUUUCAAAUCACAAGAACAUGAACGAAAGAACUGCUUGAGUGAGUUGUGUCACUGUUUUCCCGACUCAGAGAAAACUCCAACCCGACAUCAAUUGAAAGCAGGUUCAGGUGCUCGGAAACUACACACCUGGUGUAUUUCUACCAUGACAGUGUUAAGGUGCUUGUUAAAAGUCAAAAGAAUCAACACAGUUCAAGGCUGUAAAAUAAUCUACAUCAUUUGAAUGCUUUUCUCUCAAUGUACUGUACAUAGUCUGAGCAUCACUGAGAAAUAAAGAAAACCUUGUUUGAUAUUUAGCCCACAAUAAAAGUAGUAAAUAGUUUACUAUUAGCAUUAACAAGGUAGUAGGCCGGUUAGCUGCUGUAUCAUGCUGAUUAAACAAUGAAUUUAAAUUGUUUACCAAUUAACAAGGACCGUUCAAAUGCAUCAUAUGCAAACUGUGAGUCCCAAGCAUUCACCUAUGCACAUACCUUAACUCCUCUAGUUCCUCUGAUUCUUCCUGUCAGUGUGAUCAGUGCCAAACAAACCCACAUGGUCAAAUGUCUAAUGCUGCAUUCAGGUCAUAGUGGAAUAAUGGUACAACAUUCUGGUACUUAUUUAAAUGUAAUGGUACUUCAAGACACCAAGAUGACAUACUUGAUGUUAGAUGUUGGUUGCUUCUGAUGAUCUUCAAGCUUCAGUUACCCCCAAAGAUAUGAAGUGAUGACUUCCAGAUCAGAAGCUCAUGUCUAUUAUAUUUUCUCUAUGACCUUAAUGGUGCGCCAGACAGAACUUCUGAGCUUUGACCCCUCACUCCUGAUAGGCUGAUGCAGUCUUCCUCCACCCCUCCCCUCUUGAUUCCCUCCCUUCAUCUUCCCUUUUUUCUCCUCUCCCCCUCCACACUUGCAUGCCCAUAAAGGGGGGCGUGUCUUUCUCUUUGGGCAGGUUUUAUUCCAGGUGUGAAACGAGGGUGCAGCACCUGGGCAGGAUUUCUAAUCUGACUAAAUGUUACAUUUAAGGCAGUUCUUGAUGCGAUUAUUGGUGCAUAAGAAGAGUUAUGAAAGUCCAGGCUUUGGUACCAACACUGUCUUCACAUUUAUUUCUCCAGCUCAGAUGUCAGAAACUUCCCAGUUACCUCAAAUGCACCAUAUAUCUAUCAGUGGCUCAUGCUGGGUUCAUGUCAUGUAAAACAAAGCGGAAGAACAGGGUGACUUUUUUGCAACAUUUAAAAGUGGUCAUCCAUUCAGUGGUAGGAUCUCAUCCAAAUUAAAUUAAAAAAAAGUAUUCAAUUAACCACUUUCCACAAUUAUGUUUUUGGCAGCUCAUAUUUAUGAUAAACCCAUUAUGACAUGAACGCAGCAUCAGAGCACGUCCUGGCCCCUGCCCAAGGAGGAUAAAUCAAACCCAGAUAGAUUCAUUUGAGUAAGAAGAAGCAGGUUAUUGUUAAACUGCCUUUGUACUGAGUGAUUCGUAACACUGGACUGAACUCAGUGUCACACUGCACACACUAUAAACUAUGACCAGCACUUGUAAUGAAGCAAUGACACAGCAUUCUACUACUACUGUAUAAAUAUAAUGAAGAGGAUGUUUUUUUCUGUAACAAUAUUAUUGAAACUGAAGAUGAAUUAAUAAAAAUAAUCCUGAUUAUUCUGUA